CACACACUGUGCCAAUAUGGCGGCUCCCAGAUCCUAAUUCGGGAAACGUGCAUCCAGACUGUUCAGCUCUCUGUGCCUAAAGAAAUUUGGUGGGCAGAAGCGACCGUGGAUGACCCAUGCGAGAAUUGUUCUGUGGCUGAGCCUCACUCUCCGCUCCACCCGCAGCCUUUGUAGAGCCCAUUUUGUGGAGUGGCAGCCCCCAAAGCCCCCGAAUCCUGGAGCAAUGGAGAACGGUACUGGGCCCUGCAGAGAAGAGCGCCCACCCACGGCCCAGGAGACUACAGUCACCGAGGGGGCCGCCAAGAUCGUUUUCCCCAGCUCCAACGAGGUCUUCUACAACCCGGUGCAGGAGUUCAACCGCGACCUGACAUGUGCUGUGAUCACCGAGUUUGCUCGCAUUCAGCUUGGGACCAAAGGAAUCCAGAUCAAGGUGCCAGGUGAGAAGGACCUGCAAAAGGUGGUUGUGGACUUGUCCGAGCAAGAGGAGGAAAAGGUUGACUGGAAAGAUGGUGAAAACCUGGCCCCAGGAGAUAAACCUCAAAUAGCUGUCGUCGGGGAGAUCUGUGAGGAAGGCCUGCGUGUCCUGGAGGGCCUGGCAGCUUCAGGCUUGCGUUCCAUUCGAUUCGCCCUGGAGGUGCCUGGGCUCCGAUCUGUGGUUGCCAAUGAUGCCUCUGCCCGGGCUGUGGACCUCAUGCGCCAUAAUGUGCAGCUCAAUGGUGUGGCCCAUCUGGUACAACCCAACCAGGCAGAUGCUCGGAUGCUGAUGUACCAGCACCAGAAGGUAUCAGAGCGGUUUGAUGUCAUUGACCUGGACCCCUAUGGCAGCCCCGCCCCCUUCCUGGACGCAGCUGUGCAGGCUGUGAGCGAAGGAGGGUUGCUGUGUGUCACCUGCACGGACAUGGCAGUGCUGGCCGGGAACAGCGGGGAGACAUGCUACAGCAAGUACGGGGCUAUGGCCCUCAAGAGCCGGGCCUGCCAUGAGAUGGCCCUGAGGAUCGUCCUGCACAGCCUGGACCUCCGCGCCAACUGCUACCAGCGCUUUGUGGUGCCGCUGCUCAGCAUCAGCGCAGACUUCUACGUGCGUGUGUUUGUGCGCGUCUUCACGGGCCAGGCCAAGGUCAAGGCCUCAGCCAGCAAGCAGGCGCUGGUCUUCCAGUGCGUGGGCUGUGGAGCCUUGCACCUUCAGCGCCUCGGCAAAGCAGCAGGAGCCUCUGGUGGCCGGGUCAAGUUCUCUGCAGCCUGUGGUCCCCCUGUGAGCCCCGAGUGUGAGCACUGUGGGCAGCGACACCAGCUUGGUGGUCCCCUGUGGGCAGAGCCCAUCCACAACCUGGAUUUUGUGGGCCGCGUCCUGGAGGCUGUGAGCACGAACCCUGAGCGCUUCCACACCUCAGAGCGGAUUCGGGGAGUCCUGAGUGUCAUCACUGAGGAGCUCCCGGAUGUGCCCCUGUACUACACGCUGGACCAGCUGAGCAGCACCAUCCACUGCAACACGCCCAGCCUCCUCCAGCUACGGUCGGCCCUCCUCCAUGCUGGCUUCCGGGUCUCACUCUCCCACGCCUGUAAGAGUGCAGUGAAGACGGACGCCCCCUCCACAGCUCUCUGGGACAUAAUGCGCUGCUGGGAGAAAACGUGUCCUGUGAAACGGGAGCGACUGUCCGAGACCAGCCCAGCAUUCCGCAUCCUCAGUGUGGAGCCCAGGCUGCAGGCCAACUUCACCAUUCGGGAGGAUGCUAACCCCAGCUCGCGCCAGCGGGGACUCAAGCGCUUUCAGGCCAACCCGGAGGCCAACUGGGGUCCCCGGCCCCGAGCUCGGCCAGGGGCCAAGGCAGCCAGCGAAGUGCUGGAGAGACGCAGGCUCCUCCAGAAUAAGCGGAAGGACCCCCCUGAGGAUCGGGCCCAGCGCGCUGCUCGCCUAAAGACAUUUCCUUGUAAAAGGUUCAAGGAGGGCACCUGUCAACGAGGAGACCAGUGCUGCUACUCACACAGUCCUCUGCCCGGAGCCUCAGCUGAUGCCACCCCCACAGACUGCCCAGAGACCCCCCCAACCAGAACCCCCCUAGACCUGGGACCCGCUGCUGGGCCAGGUGUAGACUGAGCCAAUAAAGACGUCAUUUUCUGCUGA